UUCGCCAUUGUUGGUGAAAACGGUGAAUUGGUGGCAUGAUUUACACACACGCGUACACACAAGUUUAAGACCCCGCCGGUUUUUCAUAAGAUUGUUUACCCAUUAAAUGCAUCGUCGCGUUUGGUGUUUCUUUUGGAAUUUGAUUUUGCUUGAAGAGUUACGUGUCAGAUUAGAAAAUCUGGGAUAUCUUUCAGAGUGUUGAAACAAAAACCUCCGACAACGCCAAGAUUAAACUAUGGCUGACUUAUCAGUUAAGCUUCCGAAGCCAAAAUAUGGUCAAGUAGUGGUUUUGCAAAAAAAUGGUGAUGAGCCAAGAGGUCAUGGUUUUCCCCUUAUAUCAACUAGCUGUGUGGUUGGUCGGAGUACGGCAGCUGAUAUACGAAUCUCUUCUGCUGACGUCAGCCUCACACAUUGCAUAUUCAAGAUUGAUGAAGCUUCUGGAGAGGCAUCUUUAGAAGUUCAUGGAAAUGAAACACAAGUUAAUGGAACCGUUGUUGACCCUGUCAAUACCAUCAAACUCAAUCACAAAGACGUUAUUUUAAUUGGUGGAAGGAAAUUGCGGUUUGAAUAUUUACCUCCCGAUUACAAACCAUUGCCAAGUAAACCAAUAUCAGGAGUUUCGUCUGAUUCGUUUAAUGCCGAAGUUGUAGAUAUAGAAGAAAAUGGUGAUGUUGCUGAUUGCAACACAGAAAAAGAAGAAGAAGUUUUGCCAGAAGUGCUUAGUACUCCAGCCACCAAACGUGUAUCGUUCGGUCCUUAUCUCAGUCCCGAACAGUUUGACAAAUCUCUCCCGCCGGCUACUCCCAUUAAAAAAGGCUCCACUCCUCGGCGUUCUACUCGUUAUUCUGGAUUGAAAUUUACAAGAUCAGUGAUUGAUCCACUGGUCGAAGAGGAUGCCACCAUAGAGUCCCCAUCAAAAGAAGAGCCAGCCAUCCAUAAUAAAGAAUGUAUUGAUGAAACAAUCAUUUCGGAAGAUGCAGAUGUUUCUAGUUUGGCACCAUCCAGCGAGACUGCCAUUGUGGACAGUAGUCCAUCCUUAGGGAUAGGUGCUGAAUUUCCUGAACUUUCAAACCCUAGCAAUUUGGAAAUGUCAGUUGAUGCCAUGUCAACCUUGUCGGACGUAUCAAAUAUUGCCGCCGUUCCAUCAGAAUGUUGUUCAUUCCUUGACGAACCCAUUGAAGAAGACGAAUUUGGCCCUGAAGUUGUUGAACAAGAGGAAGAAUCUCUUACACAAAUGGAAGACACUUCAUUAUUUUCUGAAGACCUCAUCGGAGUGGAAAUUCCAGUUUCGGCCAUGACGACGUCACGUUUAACAAACGGCACUGAAUUGCUACGAUCAUUCACGACAUCGUCUUUAACAGAGAACAUGGGCGAUGAAGAGGAAGGCAUUACUCUGUCCCCGGAAGAUAUGUCAUCAGUGAAAAAUGGCUCAAUCAUCGAUUCUACUGCUGCAUUGGAAGUACAGGAGACGCCAGUUCCUGUGAAAACGAAAGAGGCUCAAUCUCCUCAAGUUGAUGUUGGAGAAGCCCAGCAUCUAGUGGAGACAGAGAAACUCAUUCCAGUCACACCUGUCGAUGAUAUUAAAUUGCCCGAGGCUGUUGAUUUUGAAGAUGUAGCGAACAUAGUUGAGACAUCAGCAGCUGUCGUGGUUGAAAGAGUGGAACAAAUCGAUAUUAUUAAUAUCAAUGCCGCUGGAGAAAAAGCGAUGGAGACUCCUGAAUCUUCUCCGGCUAAGACUCCAAUUCAAAGUCCAGUUUCCGACACGCCAAAAGCUGAUGAUGUCAUUUCAAAGGCAGUUGACACGUUAACUGAAAGUCCUAAAUUGGAAGGAGUUGCACGUCUUCUCGAAACCCCCAAAUCAACACGUACGACCGUCAGUUCUGUUGGUAAAACACCUCAAGCCGACUAUACUGAUGUACGAGGUGUCAAGAAGCUUCUCCAAACGCCCAAACCUCCACCGAACACACCUAAAGCUGAUUACAGGGAUGUCAGAGGAGUCAAAAGACUUUUGGCUACACCUAAAGCAGCUCCUAGCACGCCAGUAGCUGACUACACCGAUGUGGAAGGUGUCGAUCUUCUCAUGAAGACCCCCAAAGAUGUUGUUCCUCAAACUAGCGAAGAAAUUAAGAUUUCUGAACCUGAAAAAAUGGCCGAAACGGAGGAAUCGAAACCCGUUCCAGAAACGACCAAGGAAAUUAUUGGCGAUGAAAAGGAUAUGGAAGAAACGCCUUCAGAGGACAAAGCUGUUGAGAAAUUAGCAAGUGACGUAAAAGAAAGGAAUGAAACGAUUGAAAUCGUGAGCGAAAGUAAAUCAGAUGAAAAAUUGCAAGAGAAAAGUGAAGUAGAAGAGGAAUCGGCCACAGCUUCAAAACGAGGUCGCAGAGCUGUGCCAAUUAAAACGGACUAUGUUAGUGGAGUCAAACGAACUUUGAGGAUCCCGAGAGUUCCUGGAACACCUAAAGCAGAUUAUACGAACGUGGAAGGCAUUGAUCUUUUGAUGAAAACACCGAAACCAAAAGAAAUUCCAUCUCAAAUUAUCGAGGAAGAAAAACAUGAGACUCUAUCUGAACAAGCAGCCGAUAAUGUCGUCAUGGAAUCAACAUCUGAGACGCCAUUAAAGUCUGUCGAAUCCAUAAAAGAAACCAAAGAAGACGCUUCAGUAAAUGAAGAAAAGAACGAAGAAGUUAUCCCUAAAAUUGAUGAGCAAGAAACAAAAGAAACUGAAGUUCCUCUUCCACGUCGAGGACGUCGAGCUGCUGCGGCAAACACGCCCAAAGCGGAUUACAGAGAUGUCAGUGGAGUCAAACGGCUGUUGAAAACUCCUAAAGCUGCACCUGGUACCCCCAAGGCUGAUUAUUGCGAUGUGGAAGGUGUUGCUCUUUUGAUGAAAACACCGAAAGAUCCUCUUCCCCAGAAGGAUGUUGAUGUUGCUGAAGGAUUAACAGAGGACGUUGUGGAGGAAGUUCCUCUGCAAUCAGGCGAAACAAUUGUAGAGACGAUUAAUGCGGACGUGGUUGAUGAAAGUAAAGCCACUACCGAUGAACAAGAAAAAGAAGCUCCUCUUCCACGUCGAGGACGUCGAGUUGCUGCUGCUAAAACGCCAAACACACCCAAAGCAGAUUACAGAGAUGUCAGUGGAGUCAAACGGCUUUUGAAGACUCCUAAAGCGGCACCUGAUACUCCUAAAGCUGAUUAUUCAGAUGUGGAAGGUGUUGAUCUUUUGAUGAAAACACCGAAAGAUCCUGUUUCUCAAACCAUCGAAGAAGAAAAACAUGAGACCGUGUCCGAAUCAACAGCCGAGGCAUCGCAGGAAUCCGCAGAAACAAAAGAAAAGGUCGUGAACACGAUCAGCGAAAGUUCUGAAGAAAGCACAGUCGUUGACCAACAAACUAAUCAAGUCGAAGAGACUGAAAUUGAGAAAGAAACGACUCCUCCACGUCGAGGUCGUCGUCUUGCUAAAACAAACACUCCCAAAGCGGAUUACAGAGAUGUUGGUGGAAUGAAGCGGCUUUUGAAAACUCCCAAAGCUGCACCGGCUACUCCCAAAGCUGAUUAUUCUGAUGUGGAUGGCAUUGACCUUCUCAUGAAAACACCUAAAGUGAGUGAAGAGUGUGUUGAAGCUGUUACGGAAGAAUCAACAACUGAAUCUUCAGUGGAAGCCAUUGAAACGAUUGUCAAUAAGGAGGAUGUCGUUGCAGCACAAGUUGAAGAACAACAGCCGACCCAAGUUGAAGGAACUGAAGAGGUUGAUGCUAAAAAACAAGUGGCUCCUCCACGUCGAGGUCGUAAACCUGCUGCUGCUAAAACAAACACGUCCAAAGCUGAUGAUAAGGACGCGAAGGAAGUCCAGCAGCCAUCGAAGACUCUGACAGCAGCUGACGUGAAAGAUGCUGAUGUUCUAACAUCCGAACAGGAAAAGGUCGAGGAAGUUCCUGUUCCAGAAGGAUCACCUGAGGAUCCAGUUGAGGAAGCAACACCUGCAGUAGAGGCUAACGAAAAAUCGAACGAAGAUGAAACUAAAAGAGAGGAAGUUGCUGAACCCCAGUCGAAUGUGGAACAAGAUCCUGAAGAGGUUGAAAAAGAGGCCACUCCUCCCCGACGAGGUCGUCGAGCUGUUCCGAAAAGCAAUACUCCAAAACCGACUGGACGCACGAAACGGAAGCAACCUUCAUCAGAUUCCGACAGCCAACCGGAAUCGAAUGGAACUGUUCCAUCUGGCAGCGAAAAAGAAGAGCAAGUCGUUGAGGAAAAGGCCAAACCUUUAGCCAAAAUCAGCACUCCAAAACGAAGUCGCAGAACCCCAUCGAUCAAAGUAGAAACUCCAAAGGCAGUUCGAUCGAUGCGAGGCAAACGGCCAUCCGAAUCGGACAGUACCCAGUCAGAGGAGGUCGAGAGCCGGCCGUUGCGUUCCAAAAGGAGAAUAGAAGAGCAAUUGACGUUGUCUCCUGUUGUCCGACUGCAACGCAUCGACGUCGAUCCAACCACGACGGCCAAAGUGGCCCGCAAAAGGGCCUCUGUGUCAAGCGGGGAAGAGUGGGGCGUACCCGAGGAAGUCAAACCGGUUCGACGUGCCCGAGGACGUCCACCCAAAGUUGCAAAAAGCAAAACGGUGGAAGAAUACACUGCGACGCACAAAGCUGAUGAAUCAAUCUCGUCUGAAGAUGAUGAAGUGACGAAGAAAACAACACGUCGAGGUGCUGUCAAACGUGUUCCAGAAGCGCCGGAAGGCAAAAGACGUCGUGGUGAGGCGAAAGUUAGUAAACCCGUUGCUGCUGGAUUGGAUGAUGUGGAAAUGUUACACGAAGGUAAAGGACAUGCUGCAGACAUUCACGCCAAUCACGUGCCGGAUGAAGCGGAUGGAUCGCCAGUUACAUCCGUUAAAAGUGGAAGGCCUACUCGGGCAAAGGGCUCACUCAAAGUUCAUUUUGACGUGGCCGAAACGGUGAAUUCGCCGGUUAGAUCCACUCGUUCGGCGAAGAAAGUCUCUGUCCAGCUGGAACGUGACCCUGACAUUGAAACGUUGGCCGCUACAGCCAAAGAAGAGGAAGAGAAAGCACCGGCCGCUAAACGUUCAAGACAAAAGAAAGGCCCGGCUGAAUCUCCGGCCGUGCCGGCCACGAAACGGACACGUGGUGGCAAGAAAACAACUAGCGAACCUGAACUUGUUAAGGAGGAUACCUCACCACCACCACCUCCGCGACGUACUCGACGUACUAGAAACAUCUAACAGCAAGACCCAUUAAUGAAUUACUUAUUUUAUUUUUCUUUUGUUUAACCCAUAAUUUUUUACCCAUUGAAAUAAUUUGUUCACAUAUCGGAUUCUAUCUCUGCUUUUUGGGUUCACUUCUGUACCUCUUUCCCCAAGUUGUUGUACCUCAUUACGCGUUCCUAUCCAUGCGUUUGAGGCUCAACUUGAUUAUAAUUUUUGUGUCCAAUUUUUCAUUCUGAGCGACGCCCAAAUAAUUUUGAAGAAAUACAGAUUUUGGUACGGUUUGGUUAAGUAUUUCACAAUUGGCACGAAUUUAUGUGUGUGUGUUAAUGAUGUUGGUGGACCUAUUGCACGAGAGCCGCAACAUGAAUUUAUCUUUCCCAACAAUACAAAACUUACCAUUGUAAA